CCCCACACUAUAGUUGUCACAGGCCAAUGCAAAAGAAAAGAACGUACUCACUCACGCCUCCCCUGCCUGCCUGCAAAGUGCAAAACUCCAUAUUCGUCCCUUGUGAAUUCCGCAAAUUUGUUUCUGUUGAAUAGUUAUAACUCAUCGAGCGAAGAUCUUGACGGAUUUCUUAGAAUUCGUGUUGCCCAAGUAUUUCCGCUUGGGCCGUACGUUUGAUUGUGUUCAUCCCUUAGAUCACUGCCGCAGAUCUCUUGCAUUGUCGUUCAUUGACUGCAGAAUUAGCAUAUACCAUGGCUGCCGCGGCUGAUUUGGUACUCAACGUCUGCGGGACUGUCAACCAAAAACAUGGUGUCGAUUUGAAGAAAGGGGUGUUCGGUGCUCCGAUUUCUGUUAGUCUCGGCAACGGCGGCAAGUUUAGAACGAGGAGCGCUAAAAUUAGGGUUCAAUCUGUGAUGCAGGUCGGAGUGCCGAAAUUAGGGAUUUCUGGCGAUUUGAAGGAAGAGACGGUGGGAUUGGAUGUGGUUUCGGAAGGGGAAUUGAAGGCGAAGGGAUUUAGGGGGUUAAGGAAGACGAAAGUGGUGUGCACAAUAGGGCCGGCGUGCUGUUCGUUGCCGGAUUUGGAGAAAUUGGCCGCCGGAGGGAUGAAUGUGGCCAGGCUCAACAUGUGUCACAACACUAGGGAUUGGCAGCGGGAUGUGAUUCGGAAUGUGAAGAGGUUGAAUGAGGAGAAAGGAUACUGUGUCUCUCUGAUGAUCGACACUGAAGGAAGCCAGAUUCACGUGGUUGAUCAUGGUGCUCCUUCCUCUGUCAAAGCAGAGGAGGGCUCGACCUGGUUCUUCACCAACGAGAAAUUCCAGGGCUCACGUCCAUUUACCAUUCAAGCAAACUAUGAAGGCUUUUCCGAAGGCAUUAAUGUGGGAGAUGAAAUUGUUUUCGAUGGAGGGAUGGCAACUUUCGAAGUGGUAGAGAAGGUUGGGAAUGAUUUGCAGUGCAAGUGCACAGAUCCAGGCCUGCUCCUGCCGAGAGCGAAGCUGAGUGUUUGGAGGGAGGGAAAGCUAGUUGGGAAGAAUUACGAGCUUCCCACUUUGUCGGCUAAGGAUUGGUCCGACAUUGAAUUUGGAAUAUCUGAAGGUGUAGAUUUUAUCGCCAUGUCCUUUGUCAAUGACGCCGAUUCUGUUUCCCAUCUGAAGAACUACCUCUCCAUCAAAUCAUCGAAAUCAAUAAAAGUGUUGGCUAAGAUUGAGACACUCGAGUCCCUCCGUAAUUUGGAAGAAAUUGUGGAGGCUUCAGAUGGGAUCAUGAUUGCCCGAGGAGACCUCGGAGUUGAAAUACCAUUGGAACAGAUUCCAACGGUGCAAGAGAAAAUCACCUAUUUAUGCCGGCAGCUAAAUAAACCUGUAGUUGUAGCUUCUCAGCUUCUCGAGUCCAUGAUUGAAUAUCCUACACCAACAAGAGCUGAGGUUGCUGAUGUUUCCGAAGCUGUCAGACAAAAUGCCGAUGCGCUGAUGCUCUCAGGAGAGUCAGCUAUCGGACCUUACGGACAGAAAGCUGUUUCUGUGCUGUGUACGACCAGCAGCAGAAUGGAGCUUUUGAACAGGGAAGAAAAGAGGCGAAGCACCACAUACAGGAAUGAGCUAAAAGCAUCUUUGCCCGACCAGAUUGCCGAGCAAAUCUGCAAUUGUGCUUCUGAAAUGGCCGACAACUUAGGGCUGGACGCGAUAUUUGUGUACACAAGACACGGGCAGAUGGCGUCGCUGCUGUCGCGCAACCGUCCAAAUCCUCCGAUAUUUGCAUUCACAAACGACGGAAGCACAAGGAUGGCGCUAAACUUGCAGUGGGGAGUGACGCCACUUGAGCUUGAUCUUUCGGACGACAUGGAAGCAAACAUCAGCCGAUCGAUCGAUCUGAUAAAGGCGAAGGGACCGAUAAAGAAGGGAGACACAGUGUUGGUAGUCUCGGACAUCAUUCCAACUUCUACCACACAGACAGUGUUUCAAUCCAUUCAGGUUAGGACUGUUGCUUAAGAGAAGACUUCAAAUUGCUUAUCAACAUUAUCGAUAUUUUGGUUCUAAACAUUUAUUGGUUUUUCUACUUUAAUACUGUUGGUCAUUUUUUUUGUUAAUUAAUGAUACUUAGAAUCUGAUCAGAAUCCCUUUGAGAAAAUUAUUGACAAAUAUGUUUAUGAUAUGUUUUUCGUUUAUGUUGAUAUCUGUGUGUAAUAAGUCCAACAGAAAGGCUAAUGGAUGGAUACAGAAGGACAUUGGCAUUGGAUCAUAUUUUAUUUUAAUCCAA